GUUGUGACUUGUGCAGUUCCGCAAGAAUUUACUUAUUUGGCUCUCGCUUUGCAUUUUGAAUUGAUGGCUUAAUUUAGUUUGUGUUAUUAUCAUCAAGUGCCAGUCUUACACUGCAAGAUGCGCCAUCCAAGAUUCCCUGGCAAUAACAAUCCUAAUUUUAUGCCUAACUCAAGUUUAUUGCAAGGGAAUACAGGUUUCUUUCAGGCACAACAAUUAAGAGGAGGUCCACCUAGAAAUGCUGUGCCUGGAUUCCAUCACUUUGGUCCACAUCCUGUCCAUGUGCAACCAUCUUUAUUUAAUAACACACGGUUCAGCUUAGGUCAGUCUAAUGUUCCACGUCACUGGGCUGCUAUGUCCCAUCAGUCAUCAAGUAGAAUGCCUAUGCCAACUGUGUCUGGAAGAUCUUGCAGAAGAGGUCAAAAACCUGCAUUUCCUAUUAAGAGAACAAGUUGUCUUAAAAUUGAGCACAAAAAUGUUGAAGUACCCAGAAGCUCUGCUCCUAAUGAAGAAAAGAAUUCCACACAAUUAGAGUCUAAGAAAUCAGCCACAGUUGAUAGUGGCCAUGUGGACAGCUCAUUUGAGAAUCAAUUUGAAGGUUUUGAAAAUUCACCUGACAUCAAGAGGACAUCUUUAGAAUUGAAAUUGGUUAGGAAGGAAUGUAAUUUGAAGAAAACCAUUAAAUUGAAACAAACUUCUAAGCUUCCAUUGAAAAAAACAAAGUCUAAAGGCAGAUGCAAGAUCCAUUCUCAUAGACCUAUACCUUGGCCUGAAAAGGUCAUUAAGCAGGAGAUUGAAGAAACAGAUGCUGAGAGCUCAUUGAAUGUUUCUUGUAAAGAUUCUCCUCUGGAAUCUAAUUUAUUGACUAAAGAAUCACUGAUGGAAGCUCCAAAAACCAGCUUGGAAAUUAAAAAACCAGAAAUUGCCAGUCUGAAUCCAAACUCCCCAAAAAUUAAUUUGUUAACAAGAUCAAAGAAACGGAAAAUUGAAUUGAUUCGUCCGAGUUUUUCUGGAACAAGCAAAAUAAAGAAAGAGAAAUUAGGAGAUAUACCUUCAGCCAUUCUUUCAACUGAAGCAACCGAUUUCUCCUUGAAGGUUGGUUGCACCAAUGCUGCAUCAAGUGAUCAUUCUAAAACAGACUCUUUGAGCUCAUCCUCUACCCAAUCAUAUUCCAAUAUUCAAACAAUUUCAACUUUAUCUCCUUCCUUCAACAUAAUUAAUGAAAGCUGUGUUAAUUUGGUGGCUUCUGAUAUGGCUUGUAUGCACACUUCUUCAUUGUCUACUUCUGAAAUGGCAUCAGCUUCACUUGAACUAGAUUCUUCUCUUCCAAUCAAUUCUAAAGAAUUUCAGCAAACUGAAACUUUGGACUCCUCUGCUGCUGAUGCUUUACCUAUUAUGUCAGAAGAAAUUGAAAAAAGUGUGGAAAAUUUAUUUGAAGAUUGCAUGGGAGAGCCAGCUCUGCAAGAAGAUGCAAUGUUAUUUGCUCCUAGUGAUUCUUUCUUUGACAUGAUUUUUGGUGAUCUCUCUCAAUGUGUGGAGCUACAACUUGUCAACUUCUUCCCUCUGCUUUCAAGUGCUCAAAUCAUCAAGAUUUUUGGCUUCUGUGGCAAGGUACUCAACUGGGAAGAUUGUGAUGGUAAUGAGCUGCAACCCAAUGCUGGCCUGAGUGUGGUGUGCCUUCAAGGGAGUUUUGCAGCAGGGUUAGCAGUUGAGGUGCUCAAUGGUGCCAUGCUUGGCAUGACAAAACUCAGUGUCACACCUCGCAAUGAUUCUGCCUCUACUGCUCUACUAGCCCUGCCUCCAGAAGUCCUUCACAGCGACGUAACAGUCCAGUGUCUGCAGUCAAUUCAGACCUUCUUAGUUAAUGAAGGUUUUCAAUCCUUCACACCACCUCCAGCCUAUAGCCAUCUAAAGUCUAAUUCAUCUGGACUCAUUUCAUCGCUUCCAUUGAUAGAAUCUCUUGAUGCGUCCACUCCCUUGCCUCAAACCUCCUGUACAAGUGAAUUGCCAAUGGUAGUGUCUGAUGCCUGUGCAUUAGUUGGUGGCGAGAGUUCGACGUCAAGUUCUGUGGCUCCUCUUGGGUCAGUCGCCGAGAACGUCUUUGUUGCCACCUCAUCCAGCAAUUCAGAAAUUGGCUCCCACAUUAAUAAUGAUGAAGGGAAACUGGUUAUUCCAGCCCCCACAAACUCUAUUACUAGCGAGGAUGUUAAUCCAACAUUUGGCAGCAGUAAAACAAUGCCUGCCAUCCCACCGAGCAGUAAUGAGAGUGUUUCAGCUUUUGUUGAUAACACCGUUACUCCUGUAGCUACAGUCACUUCUAUUUCAGAUGACCAUUGCAGUGUCUUAGUCAAUAGAAAAAGUACACUGGGCAGUGCUAAUCCAAGGAAAAGGAAGAACCCUCGAAGUCGCAUGUGCCGCAAAAAAACCAAGCCUGCUGCCAAGAAAGAUGAACUUCAAGAGAAUUGCGGUGUUGUAACGAGACGUAAGACACGGUCAAUGGCUAAAUGCCUCACAAAAGUCUCUGAUUCUUCAUCUUUAGAGCCUAUUACUGAACAAGACAUUGGUGAUCAGUCAUUAGCUUCAAUAAUCGGGCUUUGUGAGACCAUGCAACAGGGUGAUGAUCUAGUGCAAACACCUGUUGUUAAUAAUGAAAUUGUUGCUAAUCAAAAUGAGCAUAUAGCUAUGGACACUCCGUGUUCUUCAUCAGUAGAAUGCAUUGCUGCAUCAUCAAACCUAUCCACUACCUGCACAUCUUUAGAGCAAACAGCUCCUAGCAAAAACAAGUUAAUUGAUGAGACAACGAGGUGUCUUGAAAGGAACUCAACAUCCCAUAUUUCUGAAGAUGUCACCAAAAUUAUUUACCAGUCCAGAGAAAGUGAUGAGGUGCCUUUGGCUGUGACAGAAAAAUUGCCUCCCAUCCUUGAAAAUGCUGUCACUAAUUCAGAUUUGUCUGUAGAAAAGUAUUCCACAGGAAUGGAUGUGCAGAACUUCACCGAUAUGUCUGUUACACUGGAGAGUAGUGUGCCAACCAGUGUUGCUGAAACAAUUCCAUGUUUGCCCAAUGUCACAACAUCAGAACUUUCAAAUAACUCAACAUCUCAGAAUAGUUUGACAAACAUAGUUUCAUCUAAUGCUGAUAAUAUUCAGAGCUUGCAAAGGCUACCCACACAAGGGACAUCUAACCCCAUUGCAGAAGUUGAUAUUAAGCCUGACUUGAAAGUGUUGCAAAGAAAUUUGAUGAUAGCUUCAAAAAAGGGAACAAGUAUAAGAAACAAUAAAAAUAUUGAGGGCGGAAGCAAGAAAAUUUUUGAAGAUGGAAGCAAUUCAAAUAUUGAAGGCGGAAGCAAGAGAAAUAUAGAAGAUGGGAGGAAUCAAAAUAAUGAAGACACUGGAACAAAUCUGCAAGCUGAAAGUGACUUCAGUAGCGUUCGGAUCAAAAGUGAACCUGUGGACUCGUGUGAAGAAUCCUGUCUACCAGGUUUUGACUUUGGUGAUGCUCUAGGAGAAGACCGUAAGCCUCUCAUGUCUUCAGAGAGCACUGCUGAUGAUGCUGCACGAUUAGUUGACUCAUUUGGAGACCAAAUCUCGGCUCUCCUUCCGCCUAUAUCAAAAUUUGAGAAUAUUGAACCAUCUGCUAUCAAAGAAGAACCAAGAUCUGUUCCUGUUGUAGAAUUAGAAAAUGUUGACGAUUCUUUCAAUGAGAGUUUCCAGGACGAUGACUAUACCUUUGAUGAAUGCUUCAGUAGUCUCUCCGCACGAGAAGGUGAAAGUUAUAGAACAACCACUGCUCCUGAUACCUUACCUACCUCACAAGUCUCCGUCACAAAUUCUGUUCCUGAUCGCGUAAAUGAAAAUGACUCUAAUACUCUUCUCGUGUCCUCUAACUGCCCUGCUACUGACGUUAGUCCUGAAGCUUCUGGCAGAGUAUUGCAUGGUCUAGGCAAGACUUCGGCUGCAAUCAGAAGUUCUGCACCUUGCAGCACGUCUGCCACCAGCAUCAUUUCUCCCAUUCCUAUUGCGUCACCAACCAUACAACCUGAGUUUAGCCUGACUGAAUCUCACACUCCACCCCCAGAGGUGCAAAUCAACUUGCUGAAGUUCAAGAAAGUCCUUUGUCCCGACCAGUCUUCAUGCCGCUUGCCAUCAUGUUCAUAUUUCCACGAUGAAACGGAUUUCAUACGCGACUACCGCACCUACAGGGGCAUCAAGUGCAGGAACGUAUUCCAGCAUUUUCAACACCGCUGGAGGGACGUGAAAUGUUGUAAUCAGGGCAUACACUGCAAGUUUGCUCACAACCAACUCGAGUUCCUCUUCCACCCCACGAACUACAAGCGUUAUCUGUGCUGCUCCUUGGCACACUCUCCUGGUUCUUGUCCAUACAGGGACAACUGUGCCUUUCGACACACAGAAAACGAUGUGAGCCGAGACGAGGUCUUCCGCCGACAGGAGGAAUUUCUUAAGCAGCGCAGUGGACGAGCCGAAGAGUCUGGUCGUAGAGCAUCUAAUGAUACGCUCUCGCCCAACCUUCAACAGCCUAGCCUGAACACACAAACUACCGGCUCAGGGAAUUGUCAGCCAUGCGAAGUGUCUGAUACUAAUCGACUUGAAGUGAGUCAAUCUUGUGAAAUAGAAGCGACCCGGGCCGGGACAUUGUCACAAAUUAUGCCAAAACUGUCCGCGAAUGCCACUUUCAUGUCACAAAAAGGAAGCUCGUCAUCCAAUGUGGAAGAGUUUAGACAUAAUUUACUGAACAAGAAUGUCACGCCUGUGCAACGCACCCCUAAUGAGGAGACACGGGCAACAGUUGUAAAGAGCGAGCGUACGUCGUGCGAGAGAGAAAUCACUCCUACCCUUGACAUUGAGGCAGAUUAUGCAGCUUACAAGGCUAAUAUUGUUACAUCAGACGAGUGUAAGGAGAUAACACCCUUGGAAAGACAUGUUCAAAACGAAUAUCCGGCAAUCCCUUCUCUCGCAGGUGCACUCGUCGGUUUGAAAGUUGUUGAAAAUUUGAAAAUGUUGAGUGAAUUUAAUUUUCACUUCGGUGUUGUAGGAGCGGUCUUGCCAAUUAUCCACCGGAAAGCUUCAGAACUCCUCAAGAGAGGAGGUAAUCCUCUGUCAGUUUUUAAUGACUCUGAUAAUAUUGCGCUUCUGUCUCUUUUGAAACAGAAAAUAACAAAGCUUGAAGGCUCUGUGGACGAUGCCCGCAUUGACCAGAUGAAACGUUCAUUGUUUGAACUUACCAUCGAGGUCGAGAACUCAACUAAUAUAGAAAGAGACGAUCAUCUCGGUCUUGACAUCAACGCUCUGGCACGGAGUACCUUGGAUUUCACAGCCCAGCAAAUAAGUCGUUUUAUCACAAAUGUUUUAAUUUGUGAAGGAAAGCCUUCCGUGCCUUCGCAUCUCAUACAAGCAAUUGGGACUGCUGUCGCUGGCAAGCACUUCAAGAUGGCUCGCGGUAGUGGGUGCCCAGAGCUACCUGUCUCGGUUGGAAGGAUUUGCAACAAACCUAAUCGCCACGGACUACCACCUCUGCCCACGAAACCUUUUGACCGUCUGCAUGACCAGAGGAAAGUGGCGAGCGUCACGCCUAGCGUUGUCAUUAGCAAGUCUGGUGUGGGUGACAUUACUGCUGGUUCUGCUAAUUCAUCAAACGCGCGUUCAGAUGUGCCGCUACAUCGCUCAACUCGAAACCCACGAAUAGCUGUCAGUGUCGAUGCCGAGCGACGUGAGUCUAGUGAAGGGGAUAUGAAUUUCAACCGUCGUUCUGAAUCGUGGUCUGAAAAUAAUCGUGAAUGUAAUCAGACUCUAUAUAUCAGAGGAGAUGCUGGCGAAAGGUCAAGUCAUAGAUUACCAGGUGCUCGUGCAAAUGUUUUUGCCCCAAGAAAUACGUACUCUGACCACAAUAAUUUACCCGAUCUAAGCAGCGAUGCAUUUUCAGAGAGAAAUCACCACCUCGCAAGCUCCAAUGAUGCUGUCAGACAGGCUCGUAGUUCUUCACGUCUUUCUGACAACAAAGGGGAUGUAGAUCUUAGGCGGCUGCCUGCACAUACACUAGACACUUUCAAUAUUCGGAUACCAGAGGCAUUCGGUCCCGGGUCUCCGGCUGACGAUGAAAUGGUUGCCGCGAUGAACCUCGACAUUGACCAGGACAUGAGGCAGCCGCGACCUGAUGCAUCGAAAGAUGACAUGAAUCAUGAUAGAAAAUGUGACGAAACAACUUCUCGUCGAAUCUCGAUUGAAUCAGAAACGCGGGAUCAAAAGCAAAUUUUUAUAUGGGCUUCUGAAUCUUUCCGUGAGAAUCGAGACCAUGAAAUUGCACCUGAUGAGUUUGAAGACGAAUUUAAGCCUCUUAAUUCCAUUGAUCCCAGACCAUGUCAUUCGCAAGGUCCUCCAGAUAAUCGCCAUUUUGAUGCUGAUCUUGAUCGGGUUUCGAGAGUAAAUCGGCUGUUUUGUCCCACUAAUGAUGGGUUUCAGAGCCAGAUUAAGUGCUCCGAUAUUCCUCUGAAGCCCAUUAGAAAGAAUGAGAGGAGCGCGGUCGGCCCUCGACCUACCGCAGAACCCUGGCUCGGGGAUAGAGCCCGUCGACCUGCCACGACCCCAGUACUACCUGGUCACGCGAACUUGAGCGAUCAACCCUAUGUACAAAGGGUCCCUAAAGAAUCCCAGCCUACGUUUAAAGGACCUCAGCCCUCUGAUAUCUUGCCACUCCUUUUAAGUGAAACUUCACCUCGUAAUUCCAGGUCCCCUUUGUUGACUAAAAACCCCCCUCCCAUUCUCACUCCUCCAUCCGGAAAUAGUGGAAGCCAUAAUUCUGGAAAUUUUGAGCCUUUGAAUAACCCUUCUGUAGCUUCCUCCUCCAUUAUCCCUCAAUCAUUCAUUGAAAACCCUCAAAUUUGUAAGCCAAAUGUGCCUCCAAUAAACAUGCGACAUCCAUCUCCCGGCUUAGUACAAACUUUCGUUCCUUCGGGAAUUCCUCCCAAAAAUCACGCUGGAUUCGUACCAAAAGGAAGCAAUUCUCAUUUGCAGCACAAUGUGCCUAUGCGGAAAAUUCAAGCCAUUAAAAUGGAGAAUAAUGAUGGUGGAUCUGUUCCUGCUCGGCUGACCACCGGAGGAAGUCCUGUCAAGGAAAGAUGGCUGCAAUUAAGUAAUUUAACUCCACUAGCUUCCCAGCCAGGUUCUUGCCAAGUCACCAAGCAUAUUAAUAGCCCGCCAUCUUAUGGCGCGGGACGUACAGCCAUAGCUUCUGUCAAUAGCAGUUUCCCUGGUUCAUUGAAGAGGACCAUAACAAGUCGGUCUUUCAAUUCUCCAGCACUAAAAGACCAAGCUUCCUCCUGCCAGCGUAGCCCUGGACCUCUUCUGUGCUCCUCUGGCCCGCCAGGCGGCACUCGUUCUCAUCUUCCCUUCCUCUCGACUGAUGAACCCAUGCCCGUGUUGCCGGUUGUGAAUUCUCGGCAAGUUAUGGAAAUUUCACAAAUUUCUAAUGAUUCAACCAUUUGUGUUCCUUCGAGUCAAAAUGUUUAUGGUAGAGAAUCGUUUGUGAAUAAAUUUGGCAGCUCAACACACUCAACAAACUUCCAGAACCGUGCUCAGGAAGUUGACAUAGUACCUUCUGCCGUGAAGCUCGUGCAGAAUAAUCACAAGAAUAUAGCGGACGAGUUUUCUAGCGACGAUGUUGACAAAUUUAGUCGUCAACUCUUGCGCCCUCCGGGAAAAUUUAAUGCUUCUGGCAAAUCACCCGUGCCCAACAACGCUUCCGCAUUGGGACAGAGUGCUCAUGCUGGGCAGUUUGGUUGUGCAUCUAGUAAUUUUGAAUCGCAGACUUUAGAUCAAUCACUUGGCAUCGCAACUGCCGUCAGGCCAACUGAAAACACAACUUUGUUUAAAACUAAAGUUAGUCCCCAUAAACUUCCCAUUGAGCCUGCAAACACUCCGAUUCGGGGAUUGCCUCCACCCUCCUCAUUUACUGAGUUGCUCACCACGUCCAAGGAGUUUCCUGGAAAUCUGUUGGUUGCGACUAUGAAAACUGCGACUCCCGAUGCAAGAAGUGCUUCCCAAGAAUCGCUAACGUCUACCAACUUGCAAAGUCGAACCUGCGCUUCUGCUCCUCCAAGCUCUAACCGCUGGGAACGGUCUCCGGAAGAUAGGCUUAAUACUAAUGCAACUAAGACGCCAACUUGCCAAGGUGUUCAAAUGAGUACAAAAAGCCCAAGACCCCGUUCACCUCGUUCAUCUAUUGAUACUCGCGCGCAAAAAACCCCUACCUCGUGCACGAGCUCUUCUCAUGGAAGUUCCAAUGAUUCGUUCAUCGCUCCACCAACCAUUUCCGAACGCAAUUCAGUGUCUCCCGAAGAUAAUUUUGUGACUCCUUCCACAAUGUUCAACACUCCAAGUACAAGUAGACCACAACACACCGUGAAUAGGAAAGAAUGGAAGCCUCCCGAAGUGGCUGCUACUCCACCUCCAAGUCCUUGGCAGUCUCUUUCACUGAGAUCCGAUAGCUUAUAUAUGCCGUCACCCGUUCGCACCUCAGCUAGUGACUUGAACAAAGGUCCAACGCACAUUUAUCAGUUUCUACACAAACCUGCUUCAUUGACACGACCAAAGACCAGCGAGCCUUGCGUUUCUAAAGAAACUGCAACUACGAGUGCGAGUGCCAGCAAGAAAGCACCGCUUAAAAACACUGCAAGCACUUCGAGUGCAAGUGGUAGUUCGGAAUUCAGCUUAAAUUUUCCGGGUUUUAAUAUGUUCCCUGAGGCUCCUGUAUUUGUUACGAAGAAAAAUACGACUAUGAUUGGCUCUAAUUCGGAGUGUAAAUCGCAAGGCCUUGGAGCAGCGUCUUCUGAAUGUGCCAAGAAAAAGAUCGAGUCAACACCAUCCAGCUCUGGUGUGACUUCACGAAAGAUAAAAUCAGAGGUUGAAGAUACCUUUUCAUUGCCUGAGGAAAACAAAGAUGACGAUGAUGACGUACCGUAUUCGCCUGCUUCGAGGUAUUCUGAUAACUCUGACGAUGAAAGGCACGUAGUGGUGGGCAAAACUGAUCCAGAACCUGCAGAAAAAGAAGUUCGUGAUGUAACUGAAAUGCAUGAAUCACCUGACAGAGAUGUCUCCUUGGAAUUCGAAGAUAUGGUGGAGCUAUUGCGCAACUUCACGUCUCUUGACCCCGAGGAACAAGUUGCCUUCUCAACGUACUUGAGGAAUCUGAAAGUGCGUGAUCCGAAACAAAUUGAAAAACUCUAUUCGCGAGCCAAGAUGAAUGAGUAACCUUUCUACACUCCCAUCUGAUGACCACUGAUAAUAAAUAGUUAUUUGUAUAUUUUAAGUCUGAUUUCCUAGUUUGACAAUCAGAACUUCCUUGUAACAAUCCUGUUUUUUACGUUCCGCUUUUGUCAGGUUUUUGGUUCAUUUGUGUCUUUCAUCACUAUUUUGCACUGUCGUCAUUCUCUGAGCGGUUUAGUCAUAUCAUUGCAUUUAGCGCCCGACUUUGUUUUUCAACCGUGAGUUUUUCUCCUGCUCGCACACUGACGAGCAAGACAGAUUGUUGCUUCGUUAUCUUCACCUGCAAAUAAAAUUUUGUAAAGUAGCCUCUGUCUGGUGAACAUUAGUGUUAAAAUAGGCGACUUAUCAACGAGAUGACUCGUUGGCUCAUCACUCAUUUUCGCCUAGUUAUUUGGUAUCAUUUAUUCAUGACUAUUCGACUUUUUGAAGCCUUUUCUUGGGUAUGGAAAAUAUUUUUUUUAUCAAUUUAUAACAGGUAGAAGCCUAAUUUUCACGGUGAAUAUUUUUGAUGAAAUUUGUGUCAUUGAAUGGAAGAGUUAAUUUAUACUGUAAUGGUUUCAACUUCGAGCGGAAAUAUUAAAAAAUAUAUAUUUUACUGAUCCGAGGAAUAUACAUAUUCAUUUUAAUUUGUUUAUGUCGUCCGGCAUGUCUCCAGCAUCUAAUAUAACUUCAUUUAUCUGCUUGUGUGGCUUUACAAACCACUCCGCAAGAGUUAUCAUUAAAAAAAUUUUGCACCACAUUGUCGUGCAAGAAGAUUCUUAUCGAGUUGCGAGUGUGUCACUCCUUAGUUGUAAUUCUUACGACGGUAUUGUAUGAAUAUUUCAUUGUGAAUAAGGCUGAAAUGCUGGAAUCUCUUACACGCUAAUCAUAGCUACACUGCCGAGUCCCUUUCUUGUUGUCGGAACACAAGUUGCUACUCUUUGGUUCUAUGCUGAAACAUUUUUUGUGUAUAAUCCACAAAAUAACUUCAUAGAAAUUGUGGAUCACACACUGUGAGGAGUAAUCCGUAGCUUAUGUUAUCGGGUGUGUAUUACAGCUUAUGAUGGUUAAGAUAAGCAAUAAUAUUGUACUUAUAGUGUUUUCAUUACUCUCAUUUAACUAUUUCGUUGGUUAGUGUUUAGUCAAUUUCUAAUGUCCAGUUAUUGUGUUAUUUGCCAACUCUUGUAUGAUGUUUGCAGUAUACUCCAUUAUAAUCGUAACAUUGCCACGAUAUUUUCGUAUCAAAAUUAUAUUUAGAUUUCCAUUUGAGGCUAAGCCACGCCUGUUUUAGAUGUGUAACCGAAGAUCCAUGCAGUUAAUGAGAAUUUAUGUUGCGUAGUAGCGGUUCGUACUGACAACCAUUUCUCCUUGUGUGUAGUUUCUUUUAUUCAGGGUUUCGCGGAUGAUUUGUCUGUCUCGUUGUAUUUGUAUUGACACUUUGUUGGGCACAAGCACGUAGAUGAGGCCGGAUUAUCUUGGAAAUAAUUCACAAUUGUAGUUAAAUCUUGUCGACCUUUAAAGUUUCAAAAUUGCGUUCGCCGUUCAGUGCGUAUUGUGAAGAUUUUUUUUUGGUAAUGUUGCUGUUCUUGAAAUGUAGUUUCUAUAAUUAUGUACUGAUAGUAACUAUGGUUCAAAUUGGAUUUACCUGGAGUGUUUACGACUCCGCAAUUGAUCUUCUGAAUGUUGACGCAAAAUGUAUUUCUAAUACUUUAGCUUCGUUUUAAAUGUAAAAUUAAGGGGUGAAAUAAAACAAAGUUUA